UAUAACAUGGUGAGCGUGUCCAAAUAGUUCAUUCGUUCCUGUCGCAGCUGCUGAAUGUGCAAGCUGGGCUAGGCUGGUGCUGGUGCUUCUGCCGGUUGUGUUCGGUCUCGUUAGUGGCCAACGCGAAUGCAGGCGUGCGAAAAAAAAAUUGCCGAGUGAGUGCAUGUUAACGGUGUACGCUUUUUUUUGUUCCAUCCGUCUAUGCAAUGCAGGGCCAAUGCGGUUCAUAACGAAAUAAUUCGUACGUAGGUGACUUAGUAAGACCGAGUGAUUAUUUUGCCGUUUUCUUUAUGAUGUACAUACAUAUGUACAUAUGUGUAUUCUAUAUACAAUUCAUGCUAUUUUUGUGUUUGAAAGAUCCACUAAAGUGGACUCAAGUGCGUAAAUAUAGAUUAAUUCUGUAGCUCGUGAAAAAUAACGAACACAUAAAGUAUACACACACUUAUGUACAUGAAAGAGGAAUGUAGCAGAAGUGUUAAAAGUGUAAAAAAUGUAAGGCUACUUAGAGUGGAACAAAUUAUUUUACAUUGCAUCUAGUCAUGCUGAAUAUCGAAUUGUUGUAAAAUGCAAACAAGCAAAAUCUGAGCUACAAAAGUGUAAACAAUUUUGGCAAACCUAUAAUGGCUGCAACGUUUAAAGUUAAACCGAUGAGGAAAUGCUGAGGGAAUGAACGACAAAUUUUGCUUAGUAAUCAUUGCUUUCGAAAUUUUUUUGAAUAAAAAAGAAAUAACACACGUUCUACAAAUGGAUGUGUAUAACAUUGCUGGUGCCGGCGUUGAAGGUGAUGUUGGUAUUGGCCUUAAAGUGAUAGUGGCGAUGUUCAAGGUGAUGGUGGCGAUUUUGCUGGUGGAGGCGUGGAAUGUUGAUGGUGCCGAUUUUGCUGUUGCCGGUGUUGAAGGUGAUGGUAGACACAAAAUUCCUAUAAAAAAAAUGUAAAGUCAUCGGAUAAUUAAUUGGUCCACUGUAAAUUAACCAAAGAAUCUACAAGUUGGUAUUUAAUAGGAAUCCUCGUGAUAAUUUAGGAGCUAAGCCUUUAGUUUAAGUGGACAUUACAAAAGCUCAUCUAUUAUCUAUUUAGUAAGAACGCAUUUACAUACAUAUACAAGCCACACAAAUGUCUGUAAACGGGCUGUUGGGACGCUCAGGACUGACUGAAGGAACUCGAUCGAAUCGACGCUCCUUGCUUUCGCUCAUAGUGGGACUGGUUGUCGGAUUCUGUCUAGCGGAAAUGUUCAUAAUGUCAACGCCUUCCCAUCCCGAAUACUCCCCAUAUGCGGGACAUAAACAUGGCGACAUAAAUGACCCACACAACAGUCAUGAUAUGCUCGGCGAGGAGGGACCGGAAGCGGAUGUUGGCACACAUCAGCAUGCAUUCGAAAAUAAUAGUUUAGCCACAAAAUUAACUAACGAAGUUCGAGUACUGUGUUGGAUUAUGACAAAUCCCAAGAAUCACAAGUCCAAGGCACGCCACGUUAAGCGAACGUGGGGACGGCGUUGUAAUAAGCUUUUGUUUAUGAGUACUGAGAAAGAUGAAGAGCUGGGCUCGGUGGCGUUACCGGUAGGUGAGGGUCGCAACAAUUUAUGGGGGAAGACGAAGGAGGCUUUCAAAUACAUACAUGCCCAUCACUUGGACGAGGCAGAUUGGUUCUAUAAAGCGGACGAUGAUACGUAUGCUGUCAUAGAAAAUAUGCGAUACAUGUUAUAUCCUUAUUCGCCACAGACGCCUAUAUAUUUUGGCUGCAAAUUUAAGCCUUUCACGAAACAGGGUUACAUGUCCGGUGGUGCUGGUUACGUGCUUAGUAAAGAGGCGGUGCGUCGUUUUGUCGAGAAGGCCAUACCAGACAAGAAUCUGUGCAAACAAGACAACACAGGCGCAGAAGAUGCGGAAAUAGGCAAAUGCUUGGAGAAUGUUAAUGUAAUCGCUGGCGAUUCGCGGGAUCAGCAAACACGUGGUCGCUUCUUCCCAUUCGUGCCAGAACAUCAUCUAAUACCAUCGCAUACAGACAAAGGUUUUUGGUAUUGGAAAUACAUUUAUUACAAAACCGAUGAGGGCUUAGAUUGUUGCUCGGACACAGCCAUUUCUUUCCACUACGUGACGCCUAAUCAAAUGUAUGUGUUAGAUUACCUGAUCUAUCACUUGCGACCGUAUGGCAUUAUCAAUACGCCAGAGGCGCUGCCUGAACGUCUGCAAGUGGGCCAAAUUAUGCCACAGCUUGUGGAGCCUGCGUCUGAAACCGAAGAAAGCAAUGCAAAGGCAUCAUAAAUAGAAGCUUAGUUAUUGAGUAAUAGUUGUAAUUGUAUGUAUGUAAUUAUACCUUAAUAGGCAUGCUUUCAUAAAAGUAACCGCUUAGUAAAUAUUUUUUAAACUGCGUAUUCUAUAUUUAAGUUCUUUUCAAUGGGUGUAAUAGUAAGUACAAGCGCUUAGUUUUGUAUGUACAUAUCUACUGCCAUUGUGCCAGCUGGAAAAAUUGGUACUGAAAUGAUCUAAAAUACGUCAUUAAAAUAAAAGCAGAAAAUGUACAAGUUAAAAACUUCUAAACGAUUCCAAGUUCUACUAGAUAUGUAGUUUAUUUAAUUAGUUUUAAGUUAGAAUAAAAAAUAGUUACACAUACUAGUCUAUUCGGUAUGAAUAUACUAUUCCUAUUUUAAUGAAAUGCAAUGAAAACAAUUUCAAAACUAAUUAUUUUCGGUGGAUAUAGUCAAUGUUAGCGAUGUCGAAAGCCUAGGAAUUUGUAAGAUGUAAUAUACAUACAUAUGUCAGUUUGGUUAAAGUAGCAUUUUUAUAUAAAUAAAAUGUUGAAGAAAUCCUAAGUUUUCGAGUAUCUCGCUAACACAUCGUUAUUUAUAAAGCAAUAUAAGCACUGCUUUGAAUAAAUAAAAUGCAGUAAAAUGCAAAAGCUAAGCAAAUUAAAUUUGUAGGCAUCUUACAUAUUAUGCAAAACAUUUGCGUACACAUACCAAAUUAGCUUAAAUGCCAAAGAAAAUGCUUUCAUGAUAAAAAUUAAUACGUGUGUAACAAGGCUAUUUAUAUUUGCCAAAAAUUAAAGGCUAUGAAUUUAUUUUUCAAAUAUUUUACAUUGGAAUAAAAUACAAACUAAUUAAGCGAUUCCUUUAAAGUUCGAAAGCGAAUGAACCCAAAAACCUAAAAAAAAAAAAAAUUGCGAAAGCUUUGACAGUUCUACCCAAGUAUCGUAUUUUCGUGGCUUUUUUAUCAUGAAAUUCUUCAGUUAAACUACUCCUACCCUUGCGUACCAAAAAUAGCAAGGUUUAGUACUUGCCCAUUUUUUAAAUUUAUUUUUCUAAUAUUUUUAUGCAUUAUCUUUGCAUAAAAACAUGACUGCUUACAUACAUACAUAACGCUGUAUGCAUUUAUUGUUUAGGUAUAAUUUAACAUGUAGUACAGACAGACGAUAUAUGUACCUAUUAAAUUAAAUAAUUUUGCCAUUUUUUUUGUAUACUUAGUAUUGGCAGAUAAUUAAUUUAAGCAAACACAAAGACAUGCACAAAAGGCGGCGGCACUAUUCAAAUAUAAAAAUAAUAUUUAAUAAUAUCCCAACGGUUUUUACCCUCCAUUCCCGCCCAUC